AUGUCCAAUUUCCAUGUUGCGAAGGGAGUUGACGUUUCCUUCAGCAAGUCCCCUUCGCCGAAUUUCGCUAGGUAUUUGCUUCGAAAAUCCAUCUUCGAGCAACGGGCCGCAGAGAUUGCCGCGCAGAAUGCCAAAGGCACGACGUGGAAAGCAGGCUUUAACGACUUGACGGACCUCACAAAUGAGGAGUUGAAGCAACGCUUAGGAUAUCGCAAGGAGUUGCAGGGGGCAGUGUCUGCAGAGGCGGUGCCACUGCCACAGCUUCGAGGUGGUAGGAGCCAGCCGAACUUGCCGGAGUCGCUGGACUGGCGGAAACAUACGCCCUCCGUGGUGUCACCCGUGAAGAGUUGGGGUCCCAAAGAGGAGAGUCGCGUGGCGCUCCAGACGGGCGUUCUCUUGUCCCUGUCUCCUCAGGAGCUCACGUCCUGCACACCCAACGUGCGCCGCUGCGGCGGCAGCGGCGGGUGCACGGGAGCCACUUCGCAGCUGGCCUUCAAAUACAUCGAGAAUCAAGGAGGGAUCAGCGACAUUUGGAAUUAUCCCUACCUCAGUGGCACCAAAUACGAAACCUUAGACUGUGAGGCCUAUAACGGCACCGUGUAUUGGCCGCCCAAAGCCAGCAUCACGGGGCACGUGAACGUCAUCAAGAACGAUGCAGCGGCCUUGAUGGAGGCGGUCAUGGAAGGCCCUGUGGCUGUCUCUGUGGACGCCAGCAAUUGGUGGUUGUACCACGGAGGAAUCUUUGAUAGCUGCAACAAGACAGCGCCAAACAUCAACCAUGCGGUGGUGUUGGAUGGUUUCGGCUCUGAGAAAGGUAUCAACUAUUGGCUGAUCAGAAACAGCUGGGGCACCAUUUUCGGCGAAGCAGGCUACAUCCGCCUGCGGCGCUAUGAUGAGGAACCGUGCGGCUAUGACCCUUACCCCUUGCAUGGCACCGCCUGCGAGGCGGGGGGUCAGGUCACCGUGCGGACGGGACAUGGGUAG